AUGACACUUGGGGUUGCCGGCAAUAGUUGGCUCUGGGUCUUCGGACUCUCCGGCGAGCUUUUGGAGUCCUUCGUCCCGAGGGGCGCCUCGUCGACGCCGCGAGGGACCCUGGCAGAGGCUUUCGAGGCGCUGCAGCAGCGAGUCCGAGCGGCGGGCGUCACCUGCAGGUUUGUAGAAGCCUCGUUCUGGUCCGCUGAUCAUGCCGUCUGCCAGCUUGGCGUCGGGGAUCAGCUGGUUCCCUUUAUAUUGCUGGGGGAUGCAUUGGGCGGAAAGCCCUUCUACACAGGCUCCACGCUCAAUAGGCAUCUCUGGGAUGUGGCCACCCUCAUGGAUGAGGUGGAGUUCGCCUACGACGGAGGCCCCUUCGAUGCUGCACGCUUCGCCAUGUACGAGCGGCGCUACCAGGAGUGCCUACGCAAAGAUGGCUUGAGCACGAAGAAGAUCGGGGAAUACGUCGGGUUGAGUUCGGAGGACGUGACGGCGAGGCUCAACCAGCACCAGGAAAGCGACGAGCUGAAGGCUAAGCGCCUUCUACGGGACCCUGAUGACUUGCUGUGCCCCAUCGGCAAAACCUUGAUGGAGCAUCCGUUCGUGGCCGAGGAUCGCCGGAUUUUGCGAUUGCUAAUCCGCUACGCACUUGGUACUUUGCAGAGGGGCGGGAAGUGUAAAUGCUCUCAGACUCUACAGCAAAGUUGUCUCCUGGUCAUGGCUGUGGUUCUGCAUGAUGCUGCACGUAUCUUCCGAUGGGGUGAUCUCAGUGGUCUCAGCGUUCUCGUCCGAAGUUCUUUGCAUGAGAACCAUCUGUGGUCUGCCGACGGCUACACUUAUGAGAAGAAAGCGAUCGAGGAGGCAUUGCGAAGCAAGCGAUGCAGCCCGAUGACCAACCAGGCAAUGGGUAUCCAGGUCCUUCCGAAUCACGACAAGAAGUCCGCCAUCGUCACCUACAUGGAGACGACGGUCGAAAAAGCCAUGGAGCUGGCUAAAUCCGUGCCGGCUGAUAUCGCAGAAGAGCUGCUGUCGAAAGCAGAGGGAUUCGUGCAGUCCAAGCCCCUGGAUUCCGUAGCGCGGGAAACGCUUCUGAGACUGUUGCUGCUGAGGGCUGCUCUGCCAUCCGCAUCACGACGCGGUGCAGUUCGACAGCUCCUGAGUCUGGUGGCUGAGGAUCCCGAAAAGUCAGCCGAGACGGUUGCAGAAGUGCUUGCCAACUUUGAAUCCUGGGAUGUUGCUUCGCAUCUGGGCGAGUUGAAAGUCGACUUCCUUGCUUUCCUACAGGCUUCAGCUCGCGGGCCGCCUGUACUGCCAUGUGCUGAAAUGCUGGAAAGGGAGCUCGCCAGUCGCUUGGCCCAAGCGCUGGAAAGAGAGCGUGGCCUUGCAGAUGCUAAACCAAAGCAAAAAGGCCAGCAACUCGCUAGUCAGGUGGAAGCAAUUGCAGGAGGGCUCUGGGAGUUUGUGCUUCGUCUCAGCAAAGAACCUGGUAUUUGGGUAGACGGUGCAGCGUUGGUGCUCGCAGCUCUGCAUGCAAAGUUGAAGAUCCAGCUAUCGAGCCUGUCUGCUGAAGUAUUGAGCAAGGCUUUGUACUUCCUCAAGAACCGCGAGGAUGCAUGCGCUCGGGCUCUGGAGCUGUUCAGAUCCGACCUGCGUCUGGGAAGGGAGACGGAAGGCCUCAAGACAUUCCCGGCCGAGCUUCUCAUGCAACUUUUCAAGCGGCGCCCCGAGGACGGCCUCACUUUGCUGAGCUCCUUCGUCGCGGAUUCUGAUCACGAAGCCCAAGACCACUUGCUGGACAUCUUGCUCCAAGAUGUGUCGGAAAAGGGUUCAGUGGAGUGUGCUGCUGAGCCCGUUUUGCUGAAGCUGCUCUACGAUCGUGGUGGAGGGGUUCCGGAUGAGCUACUACCGAAACUUUCACUGGAACCGAGUUACAUACAGCAGUUGGCACGAGAAACAUCCGUAGCUCUAGCAAAACAGCUUCACAAGGCAGGAAGACAGGCGGAAGGGUCGCGAAUUGCGGUCAGUGCAGCCAAAGCCUUCGAAUCACUUGGAAGCACUGAGAAGUCAGAAUCGGUGUUUAGCCUUGCGUAUGACAUGGACCAUAACAAUGCGGAGGCUGCGCGGGGCAUGCUGAACAUGUUGCUGGGACAUCUGGAGAAGAAGGGCCAGACAGAGCAAGAAUGCCUGUUGUUGACGUUGUUGUUUGAUGACAGACGAACUGUUCCAGAGCAUCUGCUCGGCAGUUUGGCCUUAGAGCCGCAUGAGAUCAGGCAGCUUCCGCCAGGAGCCUCCCUGUCCCUUGCAGAGCAGCUCUCGGCCUCGAAGCGACCUCAAGAGGGUGCCCGGGUUGCAGUCCUGGCCGCCGAAGUUUUCGAGGCCGCCGGGCUCCAGGAGGAGGCCGACUCUGCAUACGCCCGGGCGCACGGCAUGGACAGGUUCAACGUCGAUGCCUCGAACGGUCUCCUCUCUGCAACGAGCCGGUCUUGCAAAGGACUGGCGGUGCUGGUGAAGGAGCAGCAGGCCACGAUUGAUCAGCUGAAGAAGUGCACCGAAGGCUUGGUCAAAGAGCUGGAGGGCCUGCGGAAACAUGUGCAAGCCAGGGACGGCCGUGGCAUCAUUUGGGACCUCUCGGGCGAAGACCUGGUAGAAGGAUUCUGCAAGGAGAGCCCGAAAAUCAAUCUGGAGAGUGGCAGCGAGUCCAAGCACGUUCAG